GAAGCAGCCUGUGUGUGAAUAUCUCUUUAAGAAUGAAGCUGAAAUUGGAUCCUUUCGCCACUACCACAUACAGCCAUCAUGAGUUUCAAUCAACCUCAACAUGUUCUCACCGACUCGCGUUUAUAAAACCCUCACACAUCGUAGAUUGAGAAUAUUAUAAGGGCCUUUCGUUUCUGUUCGAUAUGAAAUCAUGCAUUUCAUAUCGCCGUGGAGAGAGGAGAAUCGAAAAAACUGACUGACGGAUAAAAACACGGAUUUUUAUCACCCCAAUGUUUUCAGACACCAUGCACAACUAACCAACAGACACUAUUGAUGAUUGAUAAGAGUGGGGUCGGGUGGCCAUGGACCCCUUCAGCCAGCUGAUCCUGCUCAUCUCGGUGGUGAGUUUUUGCACCUUUCAGUGGCUCUUUCACAGCGUGAGCCCAUGGGUGUCGUCCAGAAUCAGCCCUGGCUUCCUCAAACUCACCCACAAACAGAAGAUCGAGUGGAACUCAAGGACAGUGUCGACGCUCCACGCCCUGUUGGUCGGCCUUUUCUGCCUCUACAUCCUGUUCUUCGAUGAGGGCGUCAAUCGGGACCCCGUAUGGGGAGAUCCUACUCUGGUGAAGAUAAACGUGAGCAUUACUACAGGCUACCUCAUAUCUGAUCUGCUGCUUAUAUUUUACUAUUGGAGAGCAAUAGGAGACAAGUUUUUUGUAAUCCACCACCUGGCGGCAUUGUAUGCUUACUACUUUGUACUGGGUCAAGGAAUGUUGCCUUAUUUUGCUAACUUCCGUCUGCUAGCAGAGUUUUCCACACCGUGUGUAAACCAACGCUGGUUCUUUGAAGUGUUAGGUUACCCCAAAGUGUCCAAGCCCAACAUGGCUAACGGGGUCCUGAUGGCGGCCGUGUUUUUCCUGGUGCGGAUCGCCGUCAUGCCGGUAUACUACGGCCGGAUGUUCUCCGUGUACGGCACGGAGGCCUUCUACAGGGUCACCUUCGGUGGCCGUAGCGCCUGGAUCUUCUCCAGCAUCUGUCUGGACAUCAUGAACGUCAUGUGGAUGCAUAAGAUCGCCCGAGGCUGCUACAAAGUCCUGCAAUCCAGCAGGAGGCUCAAACCUGAGAUCCAGGAGAACGGAAAAAACGAUUGAGCAAACGGGCCUGAAGGGCAUUCGAAUUUUGUUGACGAACAGGGUCGUUGUCGCGGUCUUCAAGCGAGUGGACACUAUUGCAUGAUAGUGACCAGUCGAGAAUGAAAACCACCCCAGAGCAAUAUUUCUCAGAGUUAUGACCUGAAAACUCGGACAAAGUGUCAAAUAAAGAUUCUAGUACACCAGAAAAGACUGGCCGGCCACUUCUAGUUUGUGUUUGUAUUUAAGACCGUACAGCAGAUACAAGACCACCGGCUGAACUGUAUUUUACUGUACAAUUCUAAUUUCAAACUGGGGGCAGGUAAACCACAUUAUUUAUUCAUCAAAGUUCAGUCCGUCUCCCUCGAUCACUGUAUUUUGCGGAGGGGCCAAGCGGUCACCUGAUGUUCACGUUUACUUCAAAGCCGCGUAUAUUGACUGUGAACGUUUCAGCCACACAACUACACUGCACUAAACCAGGAAAAGCAGCGACCGGGAUCAGUGUACUCGAGACGAAUCUCCACCGCCAUGCUGUACUUUGAUUAUUUUAUCUGAGGAAAUGAUGGACUGUCGAUGUGGGUUUCAAUGGCCAAAAUGUUUUCUAUGUAUACCAGAUACGAGCAGUGAACUCUUCUCAUUGCGAAACUGUUUUAAGAAUGAAAUCGGUUUACACUCGCUCCAGAUUCCGUUCGGAUUCCGUUGUGUUUCCACGAAACAGACGUCAAGAUUUGUUCGCACUGUACAGUUAAUUGCAUGCGGCAAUGUUGUUCUCUGAAUGUUUGCGUUGUACAUAGAAAUUUUAUUGAACAUACAAUAAUAAUUUUGAAUUUCGUUUGUGUACAGUAUAUUCGAUUAAUAUUGAUCGUAAAUGAUCGAUUUUGAUUUAAAAAUGGGUUCUAAAAGGAAAUUCAGAAGAGCUUUGGGUUGCGUAGCUCGUGAAUGUUCGGGUUCUCGACGCCGGUGUCGAUUAGUUUUCCUGCAUCGUACCUAAUUUAUUGAUCCAGUUGUACACUGGGAAGGCAUGGAAAUGUUUGUAUGACAUAUUUAUUAUUUUUUAACAGAAAGAUAUAAAAAUCUAUGUAUCUGAGUAGAUAUACAGCAUAUGAGAGAUUCACAAUACAGAGAUACCUAUAUGAAUUAAUUUUCAUAUUCAUAGUCACUAUGUAAGACAGAUAUAGUGUAGAUUAAUCAUACUGUAAACACAUGCAUUCAGUGGCGGCACAGAUGUGAGUGCAUGAGUAGUUUUAUUGAUUUUUGAAAGAUGGCUUACAUUGAUUUGCGUGGAAACAUGUUUUCAUUGAAUUUGGUACUUGAAUAUUGAAAUGCAUUGUUCUGAGAGACAGACCUACGAAGAAUGGUCUUUUAUUGGCACGAGUUAUACAGGAAUCCAUGUUGUGAUUUUUGCCUUUGCAUUCAAUCACUUAAAAUGCCUUUUUGUUUUCUUCAAUAAACAUCUUUUCUUUACUACUUCUAGUGUCAUUUUAUACCACAUGGUUCAGUGUAUAGUCAUGUAAAGGAUGAAUGAUUGUCACUUUGAUUGUUUUUUCUUUUUAGUUUGACAAAUGUUGCAACCAAAGGUCAGAAGUAUGAAUGGCUUUUUGAAGUCUGUUCUUAAUUUUGCAUAUUAAGUAGCUAGCCUAAGGAAGUGGUCACACACAAAGAGUUUCGGUACGUUUUCGGUCUACAGACAUGCAUUUUAACACUUCAAGUAUAACAUGAAGCAAGCAAAGGAAAACAAGGGAAGGCCGUUUAUUCAUUGUAAUGACCUGUUGCUGGUCAUUGACAGGAUUGGCCUAUGAUGUCAUUCAAGAGUUUGUUCGUUGUUUUACCAAGACUAUAUUGAAUUGUACUUUUUCAGUUGUGAUGAUUUUUUGGGAAAUGCUCUCAACGCUCACUAUUCAGCAUUUAUUUUUAGUUUAUGAAAUGUGUUGAGAUGCAUCAUGACUGUAUGUGUUUUUAUUACUGAUACGUUCCAUACUGUCACAGGAAAUGGUUGCCAUGUAAAUGUUUACAUAUGUUUUUAAAGUGGCCACAGGGAUCAUGGUCCCACAUACUGAAGGAAAGUGCAUGUACAUGAGAAACGACAUGUUUAUUCUUUCACCUUAAUUUGUGAAAUUAUGCCAUUUGCCUCAAUAAAGCAAUAUGCUCAUUUUGAUCCGUAA